UUCAAGAGACGUCUGCCCUAAGCAUUCUGUGCACAUUAUUCAGGAUGAGUUGGAAUAAACAUCUCCUUAUUUUUUCAAUAAUUGCCAUCUGCGUAUCAGCCUCACAUUUUCUUACUCGAGAAUGGGAUUCAUGGAAAUCUAAAUAUGGUAAAAAAUAUGUCAGUUCGCAUGAUGAGCUGUUUAGGAGGAAGGCUUGGGAAGCCACUUGGGACAAGGUGCAGAAACACAACCAGCUGGCUGACCAAGGUCUCAAAAAGUACCGACUGGCCAUGAAUCACUUUGCUGAUAUGACCUCAGAGGAAAGAAAAUCUAAAAGCUGCCUAAUGCCAACAAAAUCAUCCAUACCAGUAAAUACUAAAGUGCGCAGUUAUAAUAAAAAUCUUAAUAUCCCUGAUAAAGUUGACUGGAGAAAGGAAAAUUGUGUGACUGAAGUAAGAAACCAAGGAGAAUAUUGUGGAUCCUGUUGGGCCUUUGCAACGGUGGGUGUGAUUGAAUCUCGUUAUUGCAUUAAGAAGGGAGAACUUCUUGAGCUAAGUGAACAGCAGCUGGUAGACUGUGAUCCCAUUAAUGAAGGCUGCUGUGGAGGGUUUCCUGUAAAUGCGCUGGGGUAUGUAGCCCAACAUGGUAUCAUGAAGCGCAAGGAUUACGAGUAUACCCAACAGAAAUUUACCUGUAAGUAUGAGGAAAAUGAAGCAAUACAACUGAAUGUGACUAAAUACUAUGUUCUGCCUGGAGAAGACAAUAUGGCUUCAUCUCUGGCAUAUGAAGGACCUCUUACUGUUGGAUUUGCUGUAGAUGAGGACUUUCAGUUAUAUAGUGAUGGAAUUUUUGAUGGUGACUGUGCUGAAAGUGCAAAUCAUGCAAUAAUUAUUGUUGGGUAUGGAACUGAGCAAGGGAAUGAAGUAGAUGAUGAUGAGAGUGAAGAUUACUGGAUAAUAAGGAACAGCUGGGGAAAGGAAUGGGGAGAAGGAGGUUACGCAAGAGUAAAGCGUAAUGCUAACAAGUGUAACAUUGGAGACAUGGCCGCAACUGCAGAUAUAAUUCUAUAGUUACCUAAAUGAAUCAUGUUUGUAUAAUUGUAAGCUACCCAACUUACAGAAAUAUUCUUACAAUUGUCCCUACCUUUUGUUUUAUUAAUAUCCUUUCUGUGAUGCUUUGAAAUGUUGAAUUUUUCAAUAAAUUUAAGGAUAAAAUGCAUUUUCUGAAAUGUUCUAUGCAUUUUUUUGUCUGUGCAGGAAUGCUGCUAAUCCAUAUUAAAACUAAGCACACAAA